UCCUGCUUCAUUUGAAUAUGACUAAAUAUGCCUUUAAACACGCAUUUAUUGCCCAGCUAGAUCUCUUGAUAGUUCAAUGAAGAGAUCAGUUCCUCUUUCAAAACACUGCGAAGAAAAUGUUGAAACCCGUUAACUUGGUUUUGGUUCAGCUGCUAUUCUGUUGUUCCUCCGCUCCUGGGGUCAAGUCGUCGCCAGUGACAGAAUCUGUCGUCCCCCGCAUCUGGAAUGAGUCGGUGCCAGCAACGACUGUGACAGAGGGAGUCUGCUGUCCCACUGCACCUGGGUCCAGUCCUGCAAGCACGCACCAUGGCAUCUAUGGAAUUAGUGCCAUGGAUUUACAACAAGUUCCAAAUCCAGAAAUAAAAUCUGUCACUUCAAAAACCACUCUUGAAAUAGGAAAUAGCAUAUCUCUUCAAUGCCACUCCAUAAAUGGAAGCUUUCCUGUGACUUAUUCAUUAUUUCUACACACAAAACAUAUCUCCACUAUCAAGAAGCCUAACAAUGAACCUGCUAUCUUUAAUGUGCGCAUAAACAAUACUGAAGAUGGUGGUGUGUACAAAUGCAAAGCUACAAAUGAAAUCUCCGGUGUGCACAAAUACAGUAAAGGGAUCAGCUUUACGAUAAAAGGUACCGCUUCAUAUAAGUGGUUGUAUUAUACAAUAGUACCUCUUCUACUGUUAGUGGGAAUUUUAGUAAUUAUCUGUAUUGAAGUAGGUAGAAACCAAAUCAAUAAAAGACGUCCAUUGGCUCACACCUCCCAACCCUCUGAUUCUCCUCAGCCAAUCAAUCUACCAGCUAGCAGAUGUAGGAGAGAAGACCAGAGUGCCAAGGGAGAGCCAUACAGUCAUAAGAACAUACAAACUCCAACAUCAAUAGUACUUGAGUACAAAACACAUGAACGGCAUAAUCAAGAUACCAACGUGGACAACUCUUGCUCUAAUGAAGAUAAAGUCAUAUACACCCAACUUAACUUACAAUCCCAGAAGAAUAAGAAAGCUCAACAACAAGAAGCAAUAGUUUAUGCCACAAUUAAUUUCAAUGAAUAGUGAUGGAAGGACCAUUGAAGUGUAGAGCAUUGUUGUCAAAAUUAGGAAAUAUUUACAGCAGAAAAUGCUCAAAACAACAUUCAUGGUCCUCGGCCUCCACAUCCUUCCUACAAUGAGGUGACUAGAAAUGAACACGGUAUUCCAUGUCUGGUCUAACUUUAUAUAGCUGCAACAUUACCCAGCAAACUUAUAUUAUGUUUUAGGAUAGAUUGGAUAGAUAGUUACUUUAUUGAUCCCAAAGGAAAUUACAGUGUCACAGUAGCAUCACAAAUGCACAGAUACACAAAUACUAGAAGAGAAGUAAGAAAGAAAAAAAAUGUUACCACAAACAUUCUAACAGGAGGGGUAAUCACUUCCCCGCUAUAGAGCCUAAUGGCCGAGGGUAAGAAUGAACUCAGAUAUCGCUCUUUGAAGCUGCGCAGUUGUCUUAGUCUAUUACUAAAAGUGUUCCUCUGUUCAGCCAAGGUGGUGUACAGAGGGUGAGAAACAUUGUCCAGAAUUCCCAGGAUUUUCCCUAAGUUCCUUUGUUCUACCACAGCCUCCAGUGUGCAGACUGACUCCUACAACAGAGCCAGGCUUUCUAAUCAGUUUAUUGAGCCUGUCGGCAUCACGUGUUGAUGCCAUUGCCUCAGCACACCACUGCAUAGAAGAUUGUACUGGCGACGACAGACUGGUAGAACAUGUGAAGGAGAAGCCUGCAUACUCCAAAGGACCUCAGUCUCCUCAGGAAGUAGAGGUGACUCUGGCCCUUCUUGUACACAGCCUCUGUGUUGGUGCUCCACUCAAAUCUGUCAUCCAGGUACACCCCCAGGUACUUGAAGGUCCUCACCACAUCCACAUCCUCACCACCAAUAGUAACAGGGAGCAUUGCAGGCUUAGUCUUCCCAAAGUCCAUCACCAUCUUUGUCUUACUGAUGUUGAGCUGCAGGUGAUUCAGCUUGCACCAUUUGACUAAGUCCUGCACCAGGGUCCUGUAUUCAUCCUCCCGUUGUCCCUUUAUACACCAAACUAUUGCUGAGUAAUCAGAGAAUUUCUGCAGAACAUGACUCAGUGUUCUAUCUAAAGUCUGAGGAAUACGGGGUAAACAGGAAGGGAGUCAAUGCAGUCCCCUAUGGGGCCCCAUUGCUACUUAUAGCCACGUCUGACACACAGCUCUGAAGCUCCACAAACUGUGCUUUGCCAGUCAGGUAGUCCAUUACCCAGGAUGCAAUGGAAGUGCCAACCUGCAUUGAAUGGAGCUUUUCCCCGAGUGAUGAGGGCUGUAUGGUAUUGAAGACACUUGAGAAAUCGAAAAACAUGAUCCUCACAGUGCUGUCCUACUUAUCCAAAUGUGAGUCGGCUCUGUUCAGCAGGUAGAUGACAGCAUCAUCAACUCUAAUGUGCUCAUGGUAGGCAAACUGCAGAGGAUCGAGGGCCGAUCUGACCAGGGGUCAGAGGUGAGCCAGGACCCACCUUUUAAGGAUCUUCAUGAUGUGAAAUGUCAGGCCCACUGUAAGGUUGAGGAAGUUUGGUAUAGGCCCCCAAAUCCUAAGAACUUUCUACAGGGGCACAAUUGGGAGCAUCCUCACUGGCUGCAUCACUGCCUGGUAUGGGAACUGUAUCUCCCUUAAUCGCAGGAUUCUGCAGAGAGUGGUGCGGACAGCCCAGAGCAUCUGUAGUUGUGGGCUUCCCAUGAUUCAGGACAUUUACAAAGACAGGUGUGUGAAAAGGGCCUGUAGGAUCAUUGAGUAAUGAGUCACCCCAACCACAAUCUAUUCCAGCUGGGAAACAGUACUGCAGCAUAAAAGUCAGGACCAACAGGCUCCGGGACAGUUUCUUCCAUCAGGCCAUCAGACUGACUAACUCACGCUGAUAUGAUUGUAUUCUGUUACACUGACUGUUCUACUUAUUAUAAAUUACUAUGACUGCACAUUUAGACAGAGACAUAAUGUAAAGAUUUUUACUCCUCAUGUAUGUGAAGGAUGUAAGGAAUAAAGCCAAUUCAAUUCAGAUAGUCAUUCAAGACAAGAUAGAGGCACAAUGAGGCAAGCCAGGCAGAAAGGUUGUUUCCACUACUAUGUGAGACCAGAACAAGGGGACAUAGCCUGAAGGUUCAUGGGAAUAGAUUUAAGACAGAGAUGAGGAAGAACUGCUUUUCCCAGAGAGUAGUGAAUCUGUGGAAUUCUCUGCCCAGGGAGGUAGUAGAGAUGACUUCAUUAAAUAUAUUUAAGACACCAUUAGCUUUUUUGCAUAUUGGAGUAAUUAAGGGUUACGGGAAAAGGCAGGUAGGUGGAGCUGAGUCUAUGACCAGAUCAGUUUGAUGGCAGAGCAGGUUCAAUGGGCCAGAAGGCCAACUCCUGUUCCUAUUUCAUUGUUCUUAUGAAAUAGACCUACUGUCAAACAUUAACUCUGUUUCUCUUUAACAGAUGAAGCCUAGCCUGCUGAGUGUUUCCAGCAUUUUCAUUUAUUAUUUUUAGAUUUUUUUUUUGGAUUUUCAAUAGAAAGUACUUGCUCUUUUCAUUAAUUGAACUUGAUUUUUCUUCAUUUUGUAUUAAGUAACUGGUCAUUGUAUUAACAUGAUGAAAAGCAAAUGCUUUAUUUGUGUAAAGGAAAUAAAUCAGCUUGCAAAUGGUGAAAGCAGUUGUAGUUUUGGGCAUUGCUGUUACACGGUGGCCAUUCAUGAUGGAGCUGCUUGUUUAUGUGUGAUGUCACUGACCCUGGGUUUGCCAUGUCCUACCACGGCACAUGGUAGGAAUAAGCUGAUGCUGGAGACUUUCAUCAUUCACUCUAGAUGCACUAAGAUUAUGUCCCAGCACAUGACAGCACAGAAUCAUAUCAUUCGGCCUUUCUAGUCUAUGCCGGACUAGGUAACCUGGCUAGUCCCAUCAACCUGCACCCCGACAGUAGCCCUAAAUACCCGUCCCAUCCAUGUAGCUAUCCAAAUUUCUCUUUAAUGUUGAAACUGAACCUACAUCAAUCACUUGUGCUGGCAGCAAAUUCCACACUCUGAGUGAAGAAGUUCCACCUCAUGUUCCCCUUAAACAUUCCAUCUUUCCUGCUUAACCCUCAACCAUCAGGCUCUUGAACCAGUGGGCAUAACAUCAUUCAACUCCAUUCACUCAUUCACUGAACUGUUCCUACAACCUGUGGAUUUACGUACAAGGACUCUUCAUCUCAUGUUCUGGAUAUUUAUUGCUUUUUUUUUCCUUUGUACUUGCACAGUUGUCUUUUGCAUAUUGGGUGUUUGGGUGCAGUCUUUCAUUGUUUCUAUUACGAUUCUUGGAUUUACUGAGUACACCCGCAAGAAAAUGAAUCUCGAGUUUGCAUACGGUUACAUAUGUACUUUAAUAAAUUUACUUUGAACUUCAACCAGUGACCUCUUAUUGUCUCACCCAACCUCACCGGAAAAAGCCCAUUUGCAUUUACCCCAUCUUGACUGCUCAUUAUUUUGUUUACCUGUAUUAAUCUCCCCUCAAUCUUCUACAUUCUAGGGAAUAAGGUUGUAACCCAUUCAAGCUUUCACUAUAACUCAGGUCCUCAUCCCAUCAACAUCCUUGUAAAUUUUCUCUACACUCUUUCAAUUUUAUUUACAUUUUUCCUGUAGGUUGGUGACCAGAACUAUACAUAAUUCCAUAUUAGGUCCCUCAAAUAUCCUAUGCAGUUUCAACAUAACACCCCAACUCCUAUACUCAUUACACUGACUUAUGUAGGCCAUUGUGUCAAAAGCUUUCUUUAUGAGCCUACCUACCUCUGACAACACUUUCAAGGAAUUAUGGAACUGUAUUCACAGAUCCCUCUAUUCUACCACACGUCUCUGUGCCCUGUUGCUCACUGUGUAGGACCUAUCCUGGUUGGUCCUCCCAAAGUGCAACACCUCACACUUGUCUGCAUUAAAUUCCACCUGCCAUUUUUCAGCACAUUCUUCUAGCUAGCCCAGAUCCCACUGCAAGCUUUGAUAGUCUACCUCGCUGACCACUACACCACCAAUCUUGGUGUCAUUUGCAAAUUUGCUGAUCCAGUUUGCCACAUUAUCAUCCAGAUCACUGAUAUAGAUGACAAAUAACAAUGGACCCAGCACUGAU